AUGCCGACACCAUUAGACCGAGCAAUGAGAUCCAAGCGAAAUCUCCAUCCCCAAGAGUCGGACAGCAGAGACCAGUUGCUCGAGAGGGUGCGGGCGAACUUGAGGAUUCCUAGGAAUUAA